UGGGGGCGGUCUUGGUGCGCUGCGCCCAUGACUACCAGGCUCUAGUGGCCGCGUGCUACGAGGAGGCUGGAGCCACUUAAGGAAGAUGGAAUUGGCGACUCGCUCCCAGAUCCCUAAAGAAGUGGCUGACAUCUUUAACGCCCCCAGUGAUGAUGAAGAGUUCGUUGGUUUCCGAGAUGAUGUUCCCAUGGAAACUCUGUCAUCGGAGGAGAGCUGUGAUAGUUUUGACUCUCUGGAGCCUGGGAAGCAGCAGGAUGUUCGUUUCCAUUCCAAAUACUUCACAGAAGAGCUAAGGAGAAUUUUUAUAGAGGACACUGACUCAGAGAAUGAAGACUUCGAAGGAUUUACGCAGAAUGAUCUAAACGUAAACAGUAACCCAGAAGUAAUGCUCGCUCAGUUAUUGGCAGAAUUGAACUCAAUGCCAGGUUUAUUCCCAGUACGAACGCCAGCCUCAGCUUCGAAGAAGAAAACAGUGCGUCGGGCCUUCUCAGAGGGACAGAUCAUCCGGCGCACAAACCCAACCCGAAGUGCGCGGCCCCCAGAGAAGUUUGCUCUAGAAAACUUUACCAUCUCUGCCACCAAAUUUGCUGAAGAGUUUUAUACAAUCAGAAGAAGGAAGACAACUAGUGGGGGGAAAUCCCAGGGGCAUAGACGACGUCGCCGUAUAUCUUCUUUUCGACCAGUGGAGGAUAUUACUGAACAGGACUUGGACAAUGUUGCCAUAACUGUGCGAGAUAAAAUCUAUGAUAAAGUUUUGGGUAACACGUGCCAUCAGUGUCGGCAGAAGACCAUUGACACCAAGACAGUGUGUCGGAACCAGAGCUGUGGUGGGGUACGGGGACAGUUCUGUGGUCCAUGCCUGCGGAAUCGCUAUGGGGAGGACGUGAGAUCGGCAUUGCUAGACCCGGAUUGGAUGUGUCCUCCCUGCCGUGGAAUCUGCAAUUGCAGUUAUUGUCGAAAGCGUGAUGGCCGCUGUGCCACGGGGAUCCUCAUUCAUCUGGCCAAGUUUUAUGGUUAUGAUAAUGUUAAGGAAUAUCUGGAGAGCUUACAAAAGCAGCUGGUGGAAGACAAUUGAGAGGAACCUGCGAAGUCAGCAUGGGGUACCCCCAACAAGAAGUGCAUACCAUUUGUGCCUAAGAUUUCUUACAGUUGUUUUUAUACAAAAUUUCUUAUAGAGUUGAUGAAUACUAUUUUUUUUUUAAAUGUUUAUAUGCUUAAGAUUUCUCAGGAACAUAGCAGAGGAAUCUAUUGUGUGUGUAUAUAUAUAUACACACACAAGCCCUGUGUGGUAUCUGCUGAUGAUUCAAAAGCACAAUUCAAAUGGGGCAGAGUUAAAAAUUUAGGUAAGUUACAGAAAAGACACAUAGAAGCAGCCUUUAACUUCCUGGUCACUCUAGGCUAUUUUUACAGGACUUGUUUUUCUUGUAGUUUGCCUUACCUUGAGUGACCAUAGCUCAAACGGUAAUAAUUUAUCCUCCUCUAGAUUGCUGGAAGUUUGUACUGAAGAUUGUUCCCUAAAAUUACAAAGUGCAAUUAAUCAUGGAACACAAGUGAACCUAGGGUUUUGUGGACUGUCAGGUUACAGACACUAGAGGUCUCACAGGGCCUGCUGCUUUUCAAAGAACUUAAGGGCUAAUUUUUAAAAGAUUUUCAUGUUUAAUAAUAACUGAAUCCCCCUUCCUUCAGCUGCACGUCUGUUUGAUGGAACCUUGGUGAAAAUGUGACAAACUGUUUUGUGCAAGUUGAGGAAGGGGGCUUCAGGAGGUACUGAGGAAAGCUAAAAUCAGUGAACAUAGAGACUGAACAGGUGUCUGUUAUUUUUUGUACAUUUGCUUCUUUUUUAAGGAUAGUAUUUUAAAAAUGAAUGCAUGUGUAAGUUACUAAAAGUUACAUAAGUUGGAAUGCAUUUUAUGCCUUUCAGUAGAAAAAAAAGUAUACAUGCAUAAUAAGAACAGAGAUAAAAUGAAAAGUUCUCACUGUGUUCCAGGAACGUUAAGUCCCAGUGCAAGGACCGUCUUACGCUUCUAGCAACAGAGCCACACUUGCCAACACCCAUUUAGCCGUCUUCUCUUUGCUUUUUAAUCUGAAAGUCCAGACGUAGGUGGGACCUCUGGUUUUGGUUUUGUACACAGGGCACGCGUAAGUGUGUUUGGUUUCUUGUCUGUCCACGCGUAUGGCUUUGGCAAAGAUGACAGGCAUCAUGGACUUCAACUCCUUGAGGCGAGCUUCAACAAUGGUUCCUGACUGGGGGUCCCAUCGGGCACCUGUGGCAAAAACACAACUGUUGCAACAGUAUGGCAUGUUGAUAGUGAUUGUUGGAUGCAAUAAAUGUUCUGGUUUUGUCAAAA